AUGUUUCGCCGACGCUGGUCGGGUCUUCCAGCAGACCCGGUCUUCCCAUCAGACUUCAGAGAGCUUGGGUACUUUAUCAACGACGUCGACGAGAUCCGCUCCAUCGAGAACCCUGACUACUACUUCAAGUACUACCUGACCAAGAACGAGCGCUGGAACGAGCGCCAGCGCUUCGCCUUCAACCAAGCGGUCCGCAGAGAGAUUCACACCCGCCUCGACGCCCAAAACUUCACCACCAUCCCCCUCCCGCUCGGCACGCCCCCCACGGACCCGCACGUCCCGAUCCGCACGACCCCGGACCUCGCCGCCGCAAGCCGCGUGGUGCUGCUCUUCGGCGAGUCGUGCCAGCCGCUCGGCGUGCUCGCGCACCGCGUGAUCGGCGGCAGGGGCGGCAUCACGCGGGGAUCGGUGCUGGGCCUCGUCGCGGCGCUCCGCGCCCAGCCGUCCUCGGCCGCUGACCCAUCGCCGCCGGGCGUCCUGCUGGCCAACGCCGGCGAGCUGUGGUGGUGGCCCGAGGGCCGGUGCGGGCUGACGCCGGUGGACAGGCACCGCGUGCCGAUGGCGAGCGCCGUGCACCUCGGGAGGUAUCACGAUCCGAAGGUGAACGAGGUGGCGGGGAACGGAACGGCCGGGGAGCAUGUGAGAGGGGUGUUCGAUGCUACCUUGAGGGGGGAACUGGUCGAUGAGAAGGCCAAAGUGGAUGUCAUUGCCGUGGGCGAUACGGCGGAGGAAGUAGUUAACUACCUGGACGAUGACGAGGUUUGGGAAGUCGCUGGCGACAGGCUGAGCUGUAUGGUGGUGCUGGGAGGGUGCUACAGCUCUAAGAAAUUCAAGUGUGAAGGUUUCAAGAGGUUCGUGGCAGAGCGCGCCCGCGCCUAUAUCAUCCACCACGCGCAUCUCGACACUCCCGUUGCCGGCCCCGAAGGCAGCCCUGACACGGCGGGGUUCACCUCGUACGGCUGCCCGGUCUUCAGCGCGGGCCCAGCCAAGGAGACUGAAACCAUGCUGAUUGAGGCUCAGUCGGCCGUGCUCAAGUGGAUGCAGGAGGUCGCUAUGGAAGGAACGGCGUACAAAAACGCGGUCGUCAAAAUCUUCGGGGACAACGAUAGCGGUGCCACCGCCGAGGAGUCCAAUUCGUGGUGGGAUGCCAUAGGCGUGCGCGGUAAUAACAAGAGUGAGGCGAGGGUUCAGACGAAGGACACCGACCGGGCCAAGGGUAAGGCCGAGGACAAUACCGGCGAAGUCCGCCAUAACGCAGAGGGCUCCGGGGCCAACCUCGAGGACGUGCCGAACAGAGGGGUAGCAGCACGGCCUGUGAGGAACGGUGCGGCAGGCGCUCGUGAUGUCGAGGAUCAUGACGAUAAGGUGAAGACCAGCGACGGCCCUGACGCCUAA